CCUACAUGGCACAGCUCCUUCGAGGUAAAUCUGGCUGGCUGGCGAGCGUCCGUCUCCUAUUGGGAUCUACCGUCGCUCAACAAAAUCGACGACGGUAUUCACGAUUGUUGCCCGAAGCUGUUUUGUGCGCUGCUUGGCUGACGGCCACAGACAUUCGAGAGCGCAGCAGCUACCGUGUCGGCUGCCUGCUUCGUUGAACUAUCUUGGUUCCAGAAUUUUGAUGCCUUACACGUCACUGGCGUUUGCUCGGCCACCAUGGUACGCGAUAUCCGCCAACGGGCGCUCGAGAAGAUCGCAGCACUCUCAGCAUCGAACUCGACUACUUCUUUCGACCGAUCCGAUCUAGACCGCUUGUGCAGAGCUACAUCAUUACAUAACAGGGCAAAAGAAGCUGUCAAUGGCGCAAUCAAGAGCACACCCCCUUCACUGGGCCAAGUUCCCAUGACCAUUCGCGAAUAUGAAGUUCUCAUCGCGCUUUGUAAAACCGCGCCUAUGGUUCAGAGCUGUCAAAGUGCCCAGAAACUCGUCAACCAAUUGACGCCCUACAUUCUCGAGUCUCACGUUCAGAGCUUUCUGCCAUCGCCCGGCUUCAACAGAAUCGAGCCUUCCCCAAACGAAGCUCUCACAACAAGCUUGACCGCUGCUCUACUAUCCCUUGGUACUCGUCAUGAAAAUCUACACGAGACCGUGUCCGACAAUAUUCGGGGCUUCUUAGAGAGUUUGAAAGCAGCUAUACAAAAUAUCGCUCCACCUAGACCGGAAGGCGACUCAGAGCAGAAUUUGGAAGAUGCGAUUCGAACUGCUACUUUGACCAUUUCUCUCCUUGGGUUUCUAGACGCAGCCUCGGCACGGGCUGACUUCUGGAGGAAUGGAGGCAGGUUAGCCCUGAUUCAGCGAGUUCACAACCUACUAUCAGACUCCUUCCUAACGACCGUUGAUGGUGCCUUCUCCACCAUCCGAAAUUCCCACUCUUCAGAUCGUCAGGUUAAAGAAUGGAAAAGAUGCCUACGCCAUUAUGCUAGCAAAGGUCGUCCCCUUGGGCCGAUGCUGUUACAGAGGAGCUUCACCUGGUUGUUAGUAGCGGCAACAUCUUUACUCACUGUUGAUGCAAAACAUUUGAGAGAUACGCACGUCCUGGACGUUCUCAUCUCGGACGGUGGUGUUCUGAAAUCAGACUCUCUCAGUAGCCGUGAUGUCGAUUUCCAGUCUAUUGAAAUGUAUGCUAGACUUGCUCAAGAAGAGAUGGAGCGUGUUGAAGCCAGUGCUGAUUUCCUCGAGCUUGCGCCUGUGUCGCAACAGAGGUUAGCACAUGCUGUGAAAGCAUCGGCCUUGAUCAGUUUUCUGAAUUGCUCCAUACUAAACGAGGAGGCGGCGGAUCCGGAUCGUCUCAUGAACUGGCUUGCAGAAACUCUAGAAUCCGAUCAGAUAUCUGAAGAUACCUUAGCAUCUGUUGUUCCUCGAGCUAUGGCCAUUCUUGCUAGAUUUAUGCCAGAUUAUGCGCCAACUGUCAUCCGACUUCUUCCCAGAUUUAUCGUCCAAACUGCGCCUUCAGCUAAUACUGUUGCUAUAACCUCGAAAUGUCUGGCCUUCACUUUGCACAAACUCUCCAACGAUGCGGUUAUCUCUACGUUAUAUACAUUGGGUAACGUACUGAGCCCAAGUCCGGAGCAUGGGAUGCCGAAUGGAUCGAAUGCAGACUUAGCUGGAGAGAAUACCGGUUCAUCGAAUAUUUACCAAGGGAGACAAUCUACUGGCAGUGACAUCUCCCUGGAAAUUCAGAGCGAGGGAGAUACAGCCGUUGUAUACUCUAACAUCAUCCAGACAAUCUGUUGCAUUGCAAACGCUUGCGAUGAUGAAAAAAUCACUGCACUUGCGCAAGCCAUGCUUUUGCAGAAGCUGACAAGGGUCAAUCAGGCGGUUGAUGCACACAUUCUCGUCGGAGCUAGCAUACUCUCACUCAACUCGGGACAGCUGGAAUUCAGAUCGCUUUUACGACUGUAUUCGAAGAUAUGUCAUGUAGCUGUGGCAGAAGACGACCCCAUCUUGCUUGGCGCGGUCAUGAAAGCUCGCAACCACAUUGCGGCUAACAUAAAGCGCCACUCUCCCUUAUUCGAUAUCUACCUUGAAUAUAUGCUAGAAGACUUAGUUUCAAAGGGAGACAUCAAUCAACCCAAUCACAUGAAGGAGACGGAUAUUGAAUUUGCCGCACAAGAGAUUGCUCAACUCCUUCAACCACUAGCUACGCUGAUGGCAACUAAUGACUUCGCUGCUAAUAUGUCAAGCCAAGAUGACGAUGGUUUUGCUCUAAUACGCGAUGCAUGGUUUAACAUCGUAGUUCACGGUUUCACUCCCACUACCGAAAGGGGUAAAAAGUACAUCAACGAACUACGGCACAUGGCGAUACACUCACCUCCACUUGUAGCAGAACAACGUGGAGAGCAGGUCGAGAGUGACAUCGAACUCAAUACCGUUCUCCGACGAGCUAACACAUCGGAACGAGAAGCUAAGCAAAAGAAAUCAUUGGCCAGUCUUAUACCAUCCAGGGCAUCCCACAUUAGAAAUUUGAGCUAUAGGAAAGUGAUAUUCCUCCAAGCUGCUUACUUAGUAGAAAGUCUACGAGCCGAUUCUGGCGAUUGCACCAAGGCCCUUUCGUACUUCCUCGAGCCCAGCAUGCGAAAAGAUGAUGUCCGCAAUGUCAUGGAGGGUAUCGCAUCGGCUGUAAUAGAAAGAUACCUGAACAAAACACUCGAUGCAAAAAUCUCAAUGUUCUCUGCACACUACGCCGCGUCCCAGCUUGCAAAAUUAUUCUGUGGUUGUUGCCACCGCAUCCAGCGUGUUCAACAGGCGGCGUUCUACUGCGCAGAUAAAAUGGUCCGCGAAGUUCCUUCUGCUCUCUGCCAAAAGUCGUCACUAUUCGCACUGUUAGAGCUUCUGUCUCUUAUGUGGUUGAGUUGUUUUCAAGCGGAAACCGAAUUGUAUAGUCCUCAAUCAGUUUUCACGUCGGAACUGGGACAGGUUACAGUUGAACUGUCGGAUGACUUUGCAUUCAGAAAGACAACCCUCAACAAUCUUUACAAGCAAGCAAAAUCUUGGGUAGCACUCGCAAUUAACCUUGCACCUACUGAUGUGAAAGGUCUUCUUCAAACAUAUUUAUCAGAAUUUGACGAUGAGGGUGCAUACGGGCACAUGUCGCUUGGCCGCUCAUUCGCGGUAGAAAUGGGUUCUGCUAUUCCAGCAACUGACCAGAGGCUGACAUCAAUGGACCGAAUUGGUGAAACCACCAUCAACACGGCUUCUGACUUCAUUGCCCAGUAUACCACUCGUCAAGAGUAUCGUUACGGAGAGACCCUGCCUAACCAAGGGGUGGACUUGCUUAACAUCAUGCCAAUGGUUCGAAGGAACUCUUUCAUGAAAUCCGCGCCUUCAGAUCGUGCCGACGCCGUUGCGGCACUUGCCCACGUAGCAUCUCGUUUAACUGGGAAAAAGAUCACGCCCUUGCAAGAUGUUAGAGAUAUUCUCCGACGUGCUGCUGCUUUGCUAUGCCGCAGCCAGAAAGACGAGAGUGCAGUGGCGCAUUACCUUGUCACCAUCCCGUUCCGCAUUUUCAGCAAAGAGUCUAUCAAAUUCGGAGUUUCCCUCUGGCUCGGUGUAAUACACGAGAAUCCCCGGAUGGAACCACGUUUAUUAAGUGAAAUUGCUCAGCAAUGGGAGCUCACAAUCCAAAGGAAAUUGGGCCUUUUUAAUCCAAGUUUCAUGCAUCCAGAUCCAUUUUUCCUGAGGGAAGAGUUUGCCCCUAGCAACAACGAAGCUCUUAACAAGCAACGGCAACAAAUACAUAACCUCCUGGCUCCUCACAGUCAUCUGAUGCAUUUCUUCAACAGCCACUUCAAUGCUACUCGUCUAGGCAGCUCCGAUACCCAGAGAAUCUUCCUUCGGCUACUCGACAAAACGCUAGACGCUUUGAAAUCCUCGAUAUCGCACCCUUUGGCUCGAGAAAUCCGACUGAGGAUAAUUUUAUUUAGUCUGAAAGUGCUAAGAGUGAGCGAAACCGCUGGUGUGACAGCUCAGGUGCGCCUAAAAGACAAGAUUCUAUCAGCAGGUUUAAGCUGGUUCAAGUUUGCACCAAAGUGGUCUUUUGGUAGCAACUCGCUGCAGCUAAAGACAGAGGUAAAACUGAUUAACGAUAUUAAGAAUGGGCUUAAGGCCGUGUCACACAUCGCUCAUGCCCAGCCUGUAAACGGCCUUGUUUCUGUAGCCCAAAAGGAGUCACUUUUUGAGAUCCUUCUAGACAGCGAACAAGCGAGGCUUAACGUUUGGGUCUAUCCUCUCAAUGAAGGGCAUCUGCUGCGACCGGAAAUAAUGACAAGUCAUGGCAAAGCUACACUCGAGGCCGCCUUGAAACCAUUGAUACGCGUUGCCUGGGCUGAGAGCCCUUCGCUGGCUAUCGAACUGGUGAGCAGAUUUACAAUGCCUAGUGUGCAUCAGGAGGUUCGUUGGUUGUUAUUGAACUUUCCUGCCAAAGCGCUAUGUGAUGCCGAGGCGCUAUCAAUUUUGUUUGGCGGCGAACUUCCUCAAGAUGUUCGAUUCCAACUCAAGUAUUUACUAUACUGGACACCCGUUAAUCCUGUUACCGCUACCACCUAUUUCCUGCCAACGUAUAAGAACCACCCAUUCCUUAUCCAGUAUGCCAUGAGAGCCUUGGAGUACCAUCCUAUCGAUGUAACAUUUUUCUACGUUCCCCAAAUAGUCCAAAGUCUCCGCUUUGACGCUCUGGGCUACGUGGAACGGUACAUUAUUGAAACAGCACAGUUCUCUCAGCUAUUUGCACAUCAAAUCAUCUGGAACAUGAAGGCUAAUUCUUACAAAGAUGAUGAUGCUACUAUUCCUGACGCCAUCAAACCUGCGCUUGAUAAAGUGAUGACGAAGCUAGUAGACAGUUUCUCUGGAGAAGAUAGGAGCUUCUAUGAGAGAGAGUUCGCUUUCUUCGAUGAAGUUACCGGUAUCUCUGGGAAGUUGAAGCCUCUAAUCAAGCGUGAUAAACCUGAAAAGAAACAGAAGAUCGAAGAAGAGCUCCGCAAGAUUCAAGUCGCUGUGGGAGUUUAUUUACCCAGUAACCCCGAUGGUGUAGUUAUCGGAAUUGAUCGCAAAUCGGGUAAACCUCUACAAUCCCAUGCCAAAGCGCCAUUCAUGGCCACUUUCCGUAUUCAGAAGUCUCUCAGCAGCGUGGAAGAAUCUGAAGAAAUCGUUGAGGAAGUGGGCAAGAAAAGUGAAUUACAACCUCAGAAAACAGUCGAGGUCUGGCAAAGUGCCAUCUUCAAGGUUGGCGACGAUUGCCGUCAAGAUGUCCUGGCUCUGCAAAUGAUUGCCGCUUUCCGCGGCAUUUUCCACAAUGUUGGACUCGAUGUUUUCGUCUUCCCGUAUCGCGUUACAGCAACUGCGCCGGGUUGUGGCGUGAUUGAUGUUCUACCAAACUCCAUUUCCCGAGACAUGCUGGGACGUGAAGCCGUCAAUGGCCUAUAUGACUAUUUCAUCAGCAAGUACGGAAAUGAGGACUCACUCCGCUUUCAGCACGCUCGUAGCAACUUUGUCAAGAGCAUGGCCGCCUACAGCAUCAUAUCGUUCCUCCUUCAAUUCAAGGACCGUCAUAAUGGCAACAUAAUGAUCGAUGACGCGGGUCACAUUCUCCAUAUCGAUUUCGGCUUCUGUUUUGACAUUGCUCCGGGUGGCGUGAAAUUUGAGCGUGCGCCUUUCAAGCUUACCCACGAGAUGAUCCUGGUCAUGGGGGGCAAUAUUGAGCACCAAGCUUUCAAGUCAUUUGAGGAGCUCUGCGUCAAGGCCUUCCUUGCCUGUCGACCAUACGCUGAGAAGCUUAGCCAGAUCGUUCUCUUAAUGAUGGAAAGUGGUCUUCCAUGCUUUAAGCCUGAAAGUGUCAAGCAUUUUAGAGAGCGCUUUGUUCUUGAGAAGAACGAACGAGAAGCGGCCGAAUUUGUCAAGGACCUUGUCCGAAGGAGUGCUGGAAGCUACAGCACGAUGGUCUAUGAUCAGUUCCAGCUUAUGACGAACGGCAUUCCUUACUAAGAUACGCGAGAAUGUGACACAACGGAUCUACUUAUAUGUUUGGAAUAGUUCCUGUUCGCAGACCUAAUCGAGCUUCUGUUGUAUUUAAUUCUAAUUCACUAAUCAGUUCUAGUGUAAUACUAUUUAUAACGAGUUACUUGAUCAUUAUAAUACUCUUUGAAUGGGGUUUAUUGAUAUGCGGCACUCAAAUGUUUUCGCUUUACAAUACAAAUAUUUUGUUAUAUUGAAA